UGGUCAAAACUGUCCAAAAUGGCUGAGACAGAGACCGAUAAUAACAGUAUUAUUAGAACCGAAAGAAAUAAUAAGGGCCCAAUUGAAAGCAAUGGGCCCCGUCGAGUUACAAUAUAUAAAACUGAAACUGGUUUCGGUUUUAACGUGCGCGGUCAAGUUUCGGAAGGUGGACAGCUGAGGUCUAUCAAUGGUGAAUUAUAUGCACCCCUGCAGCAUGUCAGCGCUGUCCUGGAGCAAGGAGCGGCUGAGCAGGCUGGUAUCAGGAAAGGAGACAGGAUAUUAGAAGUCAAUGGCGUGAACGUGGAAGGCGCUACUCACAAGCAAGUGGUGGACCUAAUCAAAUCCGGUGGCGACUGCCUCUCUCUCACUGUUAUAUCUGUAACUCAGAAGGAGGCGGAACGUCUAGAGCCGGGUGACGAGUCCGCUCCCGUAGGUGUGAUCGGGGGCGCGACCAACUCGCGCGCGGCUGUCUACCAGAAGUAUGAUUACACAGACAAGCGCUCCCUGCCGGUGUCCAUCCCGGACUACCGCGUGGUGAUGGAGCGCAACACGGGCAGGUCCUUCGUGGCCUUCAACGUGCACAUGGCGGGCCGCCAUCUCUGCAGCAGGCGGUACCGGGAGUUCGCGGCCCUCCACCAUCAACUCAGGAAGGAGUUCCUGGGUUUCAACUUCCCGAAGCUGCCGGGCAAGUGGCCAUUCACACUGAGCGAGCAGCAGUUAGACGCGAGAAGACGGGGCCUGGAACAGUAUCUGGAGAAGGUGUGCGCGGUGCGGGUGAUCGCGGAGAGCGAGUGGGUGCAGGAGUUCCUGACGGAGGGCGAGGAGUCGUGCGCGUCGCCGGUGGAGCUGAAGGUGCUGCUGCCGGACCGCAGCGUGGUGGCGGUGUCGGUGGCGCGCUCCGCCAACGCCGACCACGUCUACCGCGCAGUCUGCGACAAGAUCGCGCUCGACAACCAGCUCCGACCAUACUUCUAUCUCUUCGAAAUCGUCGAAUACAACUUCGAGCGCAAGUUGCAGGGCAACGAGUGUCCGCACUCGCUGUACGUACAGAACUACUCUACGGCGUCGGCGAGCUGCGUGUGCGUGCGCAAGUGGCUGUUCUGUCCGCGUCGCGACGCCGCGCUCGUGCGCGCGCACCCCGCCGCCGCCGCAUUCCUCUUCUGGCAGGCGGUGGAGGACGUGAACCGCGGCGUGAUCUCUGCGGGCAACAGGCUGUACCAGCUGAAGGCGCUGCAGGAGGUGCGGCGCGCGGGGGACUACCUGGCGCUGGCGCGCACUCUGCCCGGCUACGGCGACGUCGUGUUCCCGCCCGCCACCACAGACUGCCGCGCCACGCCAGCACUCGUCCUCGCCAUCGGUUGGAGCGGACUGAAGCUGUCGGCGUGGAGCGAGGGCUCGGAGGGUGCGGGCCAGGGUGCAGGGCAGGGGACGGGACAGACGGAGGUGGUGCAGGUGUCGUGGCGGGAGGUGCGCGAGUGGCGAGCUGACGACGCCGCGGCCGCCGCGCGCAUCAGCUACCGCCGCCCCGGCAGCGAGCACACCACCGCCAUCGCGCUCUACACGCCAUAUUAUCAGUUCUUGUGCAACUGUAUGGACAGAAUAGCGGAGGAGGCGAGUUGGAGCGACACCGGGGAGUAGAGCUGCUGACGUCAGCACUAUGGUAUUACAGCGCGCGCCGACAUUGUACUGCCGCGACACAAGAUGGCCGACACAGACGACAUUCCGCUGAUACGUCGUCAUUAAUCUGACGUGUCACAAGAUGACCGACAGCGGUGUCGUAACACUAAACUUACACUGAUGCGUAACAAUAUGGUAGAUACUAACGCUAUUCUACUAAAUUGUGACAAGAUGGCCGACAUACUAUUGAAAGCGAUGUGUAGUGAAUGUAAAAUGGCGGCGCGCGUUGCUAUAAUUACUCGUUAUUAUUACUAGUUAAUAUUCGUUUAAAUGUAAUAAUUUAUAUGAAGAUUUGAAUGUUUGUUUGUCCGGCGCGCGGUGGACACACUGUGAUAGGAACUAUUGCUUUCAGUUCGUUGUCUGUACUUAUAUAUAUAUAUACAUACGAAUUGUUUAAUAUUUUAAAUAAUUCAACAUAUUUUACAUAAAGAAAGGGCACGAUGUUGUUAUUUUCUUUAAUUUUACACAAGAAUCUCCAGUCUAUGUUUUACUAUAGUGGGUAUUCAUUAAAUAAUCCACUUAAGGUACAUUUCAAUGCAAAAAUGACGUAACACCAUCGUGCCCAGUGGAAAUUUACUUAACUCUAUUUAAUUAAGUGUCAUGUCGUAGGAUAUUCUAAGUCUACUAAAAUAUAUUUAAGAAAUAUUACAUUUUUAACUGGUAAGUUUUAUUUAUGGUUAAUAAGACGUUAUGGCAACACUAAUCUUAUUAAAAA